AUGGCUGGGUCUAAAUUACCUCUCCAGGUCGUCAUAUGGUGUAAGAGCUUGACUGUGUAUGAAAGAUGUCGAAACUGCGAGCACUCUGGCAGGCUUAUGUAAAUACAACAAGAAAAGCUCUCGCUUGGAAUGUUGAGGACUGGAUACCUCCCACUGAAAAAUACAUAUUCRAUUUCAAUUCCAAGCAAGAAGUUAAGAAGUGGCAUUUAUAUUCAGAUUCCGAGUAUGGAGGAUUAUCUUCAGCAUCUUUGGAGAUCACUGAAACUGGAAAUGAGCUGCGUGGAAUAUUCUCUGGGCACCUCUCCUUGAAUGUAAGUGAGAACUCAAAAUGGAACAUAACCAGGAGUGGUUUUUGUGGAAUGCGCUCCAAAAAGUUUGAUGGUUUCAUUGAUUUGGAUGCUUAUGAUUCAAUUGCGCUGAAACUUAAAGGAGAUGGAAGAUGCUAUAUAUCCACUAUUUACACUGAGAAUUGGGUAAACUCACCAGGACAGGAGGAGGAUAAUUCGUGGCAAGCAUUUGUUAUAGCCCCUAAGGAUGAUUGGUAUAUUGCCAAGAUUCCUCUUGAUCGAUAUUUACCAACAUGGAGAGGAAAUGUUAUAGAUUCAGAGUUGGAAAUGAACCCAUCUCGUAUCGUUGGCAUGUCGUUAUCAGUUAAUGCCGCUGGUGGCAUUCCCGGUGCCCAAUCUGGCCCUGGUGACUUCAGAAUGGAAAUUGAUUGGAUCAAAGCCUUAAGAACUCAGUGAGUUGUACUUGUUACAUAUUUGGGGAACUUAGAACCCGAUUGGUAACGUUCACAUCUUUUGUUUCUUGUUUUCAUUUUUCAUUUGUUGAGAAACAGACAUGUUUGGUAAUUCAUCUCAUUUCUCAUUUCUAAAUUUUUAGAAAUGUUGGCAAAAAAGGACUAAAACUGACUCGGUCCUGAGUAUCUACAUAUUUGGACUUUAAAGGUGACAUGUUUCAAUUGGAACAAUAGCUACUUCAUACGGUGGCUAAAUAUAUGUUGUUUCAGCCCCUGAUGUUUGGGAGCUUUUUAAAUGUA